AUGGCAAAUCUUUCUGGUACUCCCCACACAUGGUCAAUAGACAACAUUAAUCCCGCUGCAUCAAGAUUAGAACGGCUUCAUAUCCGUCGUAGGAAAAGUUCCCACCUCCAUCAACAUUCAUAUAAAGAAAAUACAUGCCAAAAAACUGUGCCAUUUGGAGGCUCAGCUGGUAACAAUCAAGAGUUACCAACUUAUGAAGAUCUUGGUGACCGCAUUUACAUUUGUCCUGAUUGUGGUGCAAAGAUGUGGUAUGAUGAACGACUUAGAAAAUACCGAAAUGAGAAUCCACCAAGAUUUGGCAUGUGUUGCCUUCAAGGCAAAGUACCGCUUCCUACUUUUCAAGAUCCACCAGUUCAAUUGUUCAACUUAUUAGCUGGACAUCACCCACAAAGCAAUCAUUUUCGUAUGUAUGUUAGGACAUAUAAUAUGAUGUUUGCUUUUACAUCUAUGGGUGGAAAAAUAGAUAGAAAUGUUAAUGAUGGACGUGCACCUUAUGUGUAUAAGCUGAGUGGUCAAAAUAUGCAUUUGAUUGGUAGCAUACUCCCUACAGAUGGAGCUACUCCAAAAUUUGCUCAGUUGUACAUAUAUGAUACAUCCAAUGAAGUUGCCAACAGAAUUUCUGCAACAAGUGGAGAUAGUAGCACAUCAUCGUCAGUAGAUAUUUCUCUUGUACAGAUGCUACAGAAUAUGCUAGAUGAGCACAAUAAGUUAGUGAAAGUAUUCCGUCGGGCUCAUGAUUAUAUUCAUGCUCAUGAGGGACAAACUAUCAAAAUUAGACUUAUGCAUAGGCGUGGGAGAAAUGUCCGCCAAUAUGAUAUGCCAACCUCUGAAAAUGAGAUAGCUGCUUUAAUUGUAGGAGAUAUUGGAUCCAUUGAAUACGGUCGAGAUAUCAUCGUUCAAUACAAGACAGGAUUAUUACAUAGGAUACAUGAAAAUCAUCCUGACUUUCUGCCUCUACAGUAUCCAUUGUUAUUUCCAUAUGGUGAAGGGGGGUAUGAUGAAAAAAUACCUCAUGUGGUAAGAGGAGAGGCACCAGUAGCCAAGAUUACCUAUGUUUCUAUGCGUGAGUAUUUUGCUUAUAUGAUACAGGACAGGAAUACUGAAUAUUCUUCAAUAUUGCAUGGUGGGAAACUUUUCCAACAAUUUGUUGUUGAUGCAUACACAAUGAUAGAAUCAUAUAGGCUAACCUUCAUAAGGAAUAAUCAACAACAACUACGAGCAGAAAUGUAUAAAGGGUUAACAGAUGCUUUGUUGUUGGGUGAGACUGAUGCAGCUGCAAGGGGAAAAAGGAUCAUCCUUCCUUCAUCAUUUACUGGAGGAGCACGUUACAUCAUGAAUAAUUAUCAAGAUGCAAUAGCAAUUUGCAAUUGGGCUGGUUAUCCUCAACUGUUUAUCACAUUUACCUGCAACCCAAAAUGGCCAGAAAUAACAAGAGCUUUAGAAGAAGAAGAUUUACGACUUGAAGACCGUCCAGAUUUUCUAACAAGAGUUUUCAAGAUGAAAUUGGAGCAUCUCAUGCAAGAUUUGAAGAAGGGUGAUAUUUUUGGUCCUAUUAAAGCAGCAUUGUAUACAAUUGAAUUUCAAAAGAAAGGCCUUCCCCAUGCUCACAUCAUUUUGUUUCUAGCAAACCAAUCCCAUCUUGAUUCUCCUCAAGAAAUUGAUCGAGUCAUUAGUGCUGAAAUACUGGAUAAAAAUGAACAGCCAGAAUUGUUUGAAGCUGCUCAUUUAAAUGUUGAGAGAUGUAAACAUGGGGAAUCAAUUAAGUAUUUGUUCAAAUAUGUGAGUAAGGGUCAUGAUCGAGCUACCAUAGCCUUUUACGAUGAGUCUUCAUCAGGUGAGAGGGAAGUUGUUCAUGAUGAAAUUAAAAUGUACUAUGAUGUUCGGUAUUUGUCUCCAUGUGAAGCUGUUUGGAGGAUUUUUGGCUUUGAUAUAAACUAUAGAACUCCAUCAGUUGAAAGACUUUCCUUCCACCUACCAAAUCAACAAACAAUUAUUUAUGCAGAUGAAGCUAACCUUGAUGAUGUGGUUAACCAUAAUGAAGGCAAACCAACAAUGUUCCAAGCUUGGAUGAAGGCAAAUGAAAAAUAUGAUGAAGCACGUGCUUUAACAUACUCUGAAUUCCCAACCAAAUUUGUGUUCAAAAAACCUGGUCAUUAUUGGGACUUUAGAAAAACAGGAUUCUCUAUUGGAAGAAUAUUCUAUGUUCCCCCUGGCACUGGAGAAGCCUUUUAUCUUCGUAUGUUGUUAGCAACUGUUAAAGGGCCAAGAUCUUUUGAGGAAUUGAGAACUGUUGAUGAUGUCCUCCAUCCUACAUUUAGGGAUGCUUGCUAUGCCCUAGGGUUACUAGAGGAUGACAAAGAGUACGUUGAUGCUAUUCAGGAGGCAAAUCAGUGGGCCACUCCAAAUUACCUUCGUCGCCUAUUUUGCACAUUGUUACUAUGUAACUGUAUAUCACGCCCUGAAAUUGUGUGGCAGCAAUCAUGGAAAUUAAUGGCAGAGGACAUACUUUAUACCCAACAACAGUUGACAGGCCAUCCUGGACUUUCUCUUAGUGAUGCUGAAUUGCAAGACCAUGCUUUACAUAAAAUUGAAGAUUUGCUACAACUUAAUGGGAGAAGUCUUCAAGAUUAUCCAAUAAUGCCUUAUCCAGCUCAAUCAUUAAAUGUAUCAGCGGUCAAUAAAUUGGUGCUGGCUGAGUUAGAUUUUGAUCGUAAUGUCCUUAAGGAGCAAUUACAUGUCUUUCUUCGAAACUUAACAGAAGAGCAGAGUACAAUCUACAAUACAAUAAUUGACACUGUUCAUAAUGUGCGGGGAGGGCUGUAUUUUGUUUAUGGAUAUGGAGGAACUGGGAAAACAUAUUUAUGGCAAACAUUAUGUGCAUCAUUAAGAUCUGAAGGGAGGAUUGUUCUUACUGUUGCAUCGAGUGGCAUUGCAUCACUUCUAUUACCUAACGGUAAAAUAGCUCACUCACAAUUUGCAAUCCCUCUUGCCAUCACCGAAGAUUCAGUUUGCAACAUUAAACAGGGAACACCACUAGCAGAGCUUUUAAUUCAAGCCUCCUUAAUAAUAUGGGAUGAAGCACCAAUGGCAAACAGGCAUUGUUUUGAAGCAUUGGAUAGAACAUUAUGA